GCGGCCGACUGGAGGCCCCGAGCAGGGGCGGAGCUUCCGGCGGCAGCGCCACUCGGGCGUCGGGUGACGCUAGGCGGACGGACCAUCACGUGACACGGAAGUAGCCCCGAACAGGAAGAGGACGAAAAAAAUAACCGUCCGCGACGCCGAGACGAACCGGACCCGCAGCCACCAUGAACAGCAAAGGUCAAUAUCCAACACAGCCAACCUACCCUGUGCAGCCUCCUGGGAAUCCCGUAUACCCUCAGACCUUGCAUCUUCCUCAGGCUCCACCCUAUACUGAUGCUCCACCUGCCUACUCAGAGCUCUAUCGUCCGAGCUUUGUGCACCCAGGGGCUGCCACAGUCCCCACCAUGUCAGCCGCAUUUCCUGGAGCCUCUCUGUAUCUUCCCAUGCCCCAGUCUGUAGCUGUUGGGCCUUUAGGUUCCACAAUCCCCAUGGCUUAUUAUCCAGUCGGUCCCAUCUAUCCACCUGGCUCCACAGUGCUGGUGGAAGGAGGGUAUGAUGCAGGUGCCAGAUUUGGAGCUGGGGCUACUGCUGGCAACAUUCCUCCUCCACCUCCUGGAUGCCCUCCCAAUGCUGCUCAGCUUGCAGUCAUGCAGGGAGCCAACGUCCUCGUAACUCAGCGGAAGGGGAACUUCUUCAUGGGUGGUUCAGAUGGUGGCUACACCAUCUGGUGAGGAACCAAGGCCACCUUUGUGCCGGGAAAGACAUCACAUACCUUCAGCACUUCUCACAAUGUAACUGCUUUAGUCAUAUUAACCUGAAGUUGCAGUUUAGACACAUGUUGUUGGGGUGUCUUUCUGGUGCCCAAACUUUCAGGCACUUUUCAAAUUUAAUAAGGAACCAUGUAAUGGUAGCAGUACCUCCCUAAAGCAUUUUGAGGUAGGGGAGGUAUCCAUUCAUAAAAUGAAUGUGGGUGAAGCCGCCCUAAGGAUUUUCCUUUAAUUUCUCUGGAGUAAUACUGUACCAUACCGGUCUUUGCUUUUAGUAAUAAAACAUCAAAUUAGGUUUGGAGGGAACUUUGAUCUUCCUAAGAAUUAAAGUUGCCAAAUUAUUCUGAUUGGUCUUUGAUCUCCUUUAAGUCUUUGAUUUAUAUUACUUGUUAUAAAUGGAACGCAUUAGUUGUCUGCCUUUUCCUUUCCAUCCCUUGCCCCACCCAUCCCAUCUCCAACCCUAGUCUUCAUUUUCUCCCGCCAGUCUCCAUUGAAUCAAUGGUGCAGGACAGAAAGCCAGUCAGACUAAUUUCCUUCUUUCCUCGCACUUCUCCCCACUCGUCAUCUUUUAACUAGUAUUUCACAAGGAUCCUCUGAAACCCCUUCUGUGCCCCAAGCACAGAUCCCAUUACUUCUGCUUUCGUAUCUCCUCAGGCAAAAGUGGAGGGUGCCUUAUGGGCCCUCCUCAUAGGUUGUCUCUGCAUACACAAACCUAACCCAAAUUUGCUUUGGUGCCAGAAAAACUGAGCUAUGUUUGAACAAAGAUAUCGUGCAAACUGUACUGUGAACAACAGUUGGUUUAAAAUAUGAGGGGCAAGGAGGAGGAUGAAUUUCAAAAGCUUGAUUGAUGUGUUUAGAGCUAAAUUAAGAGGAGUUUUCAGAUCAAAAAUUGGUUACCGUUUUUUGUCAGAGUGUCUGAUGCAGCCACUCAUUCGGCUCCCCAGAAUUCCUAGACUGGGUUAAUAGGGUCAUAUUGUGAAUGUCUCACUACAAAAUAACUUGAGUCCAGUGAAAUCUCAUUAGGGUUUAAGAAUAUUUCAGGGAUCCUUAAUGUUUUGAUUUUUGUUUUCUGAAAUUGGAUUUUAUUUUAUCUUAUAAUUUCAGUUCAUCUAAAUUGUGUGUUCUGUACAUGUGAUGUUUGACUGUGCCAUUGACUGUUAUGGAAGUUCAGCGUUGUAUGUCUCUCUCUACACUGUGGUGCACUUAACUUGUGGAAUUUUUAUACUAAAAAUGUAGAAUAAAGACUAUUUUGAAGAUUUGAAUAAAGUGAUGAAGUUGCAUUACA